AUGCUAAAAAGAUACAUAUCUAUUCCCCGUUUCCAACGCUUUAGCUCUACCAAAAUGGCCACGCCGGUUUGGAGACCUCAGGACCAUGUACCAAAGGAAGUUAAAGACCUACUCUCAAGCUCCCAGCAAAGCCAUGUAUUGGCAUUUCUACACGUUGUCCAGCUGCUGAAAAUACAGAAGAGGACUGGAUGGCUCGACCACAACAUAGAACCUUGCGAAAGCAUCGCAGAUCACAUGUACCGCAUGGGUAUCACCGCGAUGCUCAUCAAAGACGCCAGAGUUAAUAGAGACAAGUGUGUACGAAUUGCAAUGGUUCACGAUAUUGCAGAAUCGCUAGUGGGGGACAUCACGCCAUUUGACCCUGUGGGAAAAGAAGAAAAACACCGUAGAGAACUCGCUACUAUCAAGUAUCUAUGCGAUGAGUUGAUCGAGCCUUAUAACCCAGAGGCCGCCCGAGAAAUCCUUGAGGACUGGCUGGCAUACGAGAAUAUCACUUCGCUAGAAGCCCGGUAUGUGAAGGACAUCGAUAAGUUCGAAAUGUUGGUACAGUGCUUUGAGUACGAAAAGAAUGCGGGUGGAAAAAGAGAUCUCGACCAAUUUUGGUCUGCACUCAAUUCUAUCAAGACUGAAGAGGUGAAGAGCUGGGCCCUAGAUCUCGUGAAAAAGCGUGAAGAAUUUUACAGUAGUCUAUAA